GCAGAGAGCAGCAGGCGCAAACGCGUUGAUGCAAAUAUCCACGAAGGAUGCGCUGUUCAUGCUCACGGGAUUAAUGAUGCUCGUUUAAGUAAUCUGACUUUUUAAUUCGGGAUUUCCGACUGUCCGAUCGCCUAUCAAACGGAUCGUUUGUGUUGUGACCUUGUGCUGAAUGUCAUUAGGAAAGGAUUUUAAAGCCGCUACGGACAACUAGGACCUAAGGUGCAGCGAUGGAUAUUGUAACACAUCUAAUCAACAACACUAUUGAAUUCUACAAAUGGAGCCUUACUAUUGCAGACAAGCGUGUGGAGAAAUGGCCACUGAUGGGCUCUCCACUUCCCACACUGGCAAUCAGCUCCUCAUACCUGCUGUUUCUCUGGCUGGGGCCAAAGUUUAUGCGGAACAGGGAGCCCUUCCAGCUCAGAAAGACUCUUAUUGUCUACAACUUCAGCAUGGUCAUUCUUAACUUCUUCAUAUUUAAAGAGCUCUUCCUUGCAGCACGGGCAGCAAACUACAGCUACCUCUGUCAGCCAGUGGACUACUCUGAUGACCCUAAUGAAGUCAGGGUGGCAGCUGCUCUAUGGUGGUACUUUGUCUCGAAGGGGGUAGAGUACCUGGACACAGUGUUUUUCAUCCUGCGUAAGAAGUUCAACCAUGUGAGCUUUUUGCACGUUUACCACCACUGCACCAUGUUCACUCUGUGGUGGAUUGGCAUCAAGUGGGUAGCAGGUGGACAGUCAUUUUUUGGUGCUCAUAUGAAUGCAGCCAUCCAUGUUCUUAUGUAUCUUUAUUAUGGACUGGCUGCCUGUGGGCCAAAGUUCCAGAAGUACCUGUGGUGGAAGAAGUACCUGACAAUUAUACAAAUGAUCCAGUUCCAUGUCACCAUUGGACACACCGCACUGUCACUUUACACUGACUGUCCAUUCCCUACAUGGAUGCACUGGUGCCUGAUUGGUUAUGCCUUUACCUUUAUUGUCCUUUUUGGAAACUUCUACUACCAGACUUAUCGUCGCCAGCCCCGCCGUGAAGGUCAGUCCAAACCAGGCAAGGCGUUGUCCAAUGGAACUCCUAAUGGCAUGCUGGCCGUCAAGAAUGGAGCGACUGGCAAGAUGUCGGAGAAGCCUGUGGUAGCAGAAAAUGGAAGGAGGAAGAGGAGGAGCCGGGCAAAACGUGAUUAGAGCAGAUAGGCGAUAAUUGACAAACAAAAUUAUGCAGAUUGAAAAUGUGUGAAGUAAAUGGGACAUUGGUAGGGAAACAGUAAUGAAUGAUUGAGUAAGGCAUGUCUGGACGAAGUGCUGAGGUUAACAGCCCUGUAUCGGGGUCGCUGUGAAAUGAAAUAUUCGUAACGAACAAAUUGUGAUCCAAAUCUUUACAGCUGAGUGUCUUGUAUGCUUUAGCAAAGCUGUAAAGAAAAUAAGAUACUCAUGAUCAACAGGACCUGAGCUCUCUUAUCAAAGCAGAAUUAUUUCAACAAUGCUUUUUUAUUAUAGUCAUUUUCUGCCUGUGUGUGUCUCCAUUUAAUGUCCCUGUACUUACAAUCUUAAAAGUUUUUAAACCAGUUUCAGUGUAUGUUUACAUUCAAUCACACACAUACUUCAGUCAAAAACAUGACUGGUUUGUUCAUCCAGUUCAAGCUUUUAAAAUGCUCUAAGUUCAAACUAAACUGCUUUUUCUAGUGGUACACAAGAAUGGAAAAAAAUACAUGCAUUACUAUGUUUAAAAGCAAAUUUUAUCUUUAUGUAUUUAUUCUUUUUUGUUUUUUGUUUUUUGAAGGCCUAUUACAUCCAUUUUUACACAAUUUUAUUUUUUAUUUAUUAUCAGCUGUAUUAUGUGAAACUUUGCUUUUCUAAAACUGUAUUUUUCAUAAACCUAAAACAGGAAAACAUUUGACCCGAAAAUAGCACAGCUUCUUAAAACAUACUUUAAAUAUGUGCUGCUGUGAUGACUGAUAUACAGUAUAAGAGCCACAUGCAACCAUGAAAACCUUCUAAGGCCUGCCUUUUCCAUUGUACAUCAACAAAGUCUUACCUUGCUCGAUAUUUCUUUUAAAUACACAAAAAGCUAUGCUUUUGUGUUUGUAAACAUUUGUUUUUUAUGUUGUAUAUGCUGUGCAAUUUUGUACAUUGUGCUUUUAAAAAUAAAAUUGGUAUGAUGAA